CAUGAUCUUGGAUGUGAUUCCAGAAUGGGCAGAACUUUUGCUGUGGAUUAUUCCUGAAUGCUCAGUACAUUAACAUACAGAAUUUGAUUUGAGGUUGACCAGCAUAGCUUUCGUGAUCGCUUGCUCAUGUUGUCCUACCGUGGGUUUUAAAGGGGUCGAUCAUGAAAUCAAAUCUCUUUAAAUGGGCCCUCAGGCGUCAAUACUUAGGCAAAUCGUGGCUGGGCCGCGACUCAGGCACCCCGAAGCGCGCCUUGAUUUAUGCUAUGUGACAGACGAGAUCAUAGCAACUUCGGGUCCCUCCUCAACGUACCCUCAGCGUGCUUACCGAAAUCCAACGGAUGCCCUCGUCCGUUUUCUGGAUCUAAAGCAUGGCGAAAACUGGGCAAUAUGGGAAUUCCGGGCCGAAGGCACCGGUUAUCCUGAUAAAGAGGUUUACGGACGAAUCCACCAUUUUCCGUGGCCGGAUCACCAUCCGCCUCCGUUUUCUCUCAUCCCUCCGAUGAUGGCGAGUAUGCGCAAUUGGCUCACCAGUAAAUCCAAGGGGAAACGCGUCAUCGUUGUGCAUUGCAAAGCUGGAAAGGGGAGAAGUGGCACCGCUACUUGCAGCUACUUGAUUAGCGAACAAGGAUGGAAGGCAGCAGAUGCACUGAAGCAGUUUACCGAACGUCGAAUGAGGGUCGGUUUCGGUCCUGGUGUUAGCAUCCCUAGUCAGGUUCGAUACGUUGGGUAUGUUGAUCGUUGGGCAAACAAAUACAAUAAAAAGUACGUCGAGCGUCCAGUGGAGAUCUUGGAAAUACACAUCUGGGGCCUACGACAUGGUUUGAAAGUGCAGGUAGAAGGCUUUGUGGACGAAGGCCGAAAAAUAAAAUGCUUUCACCGAUUCCAUCGCAGCGAACGAACCACUAUGGAUGGAGACAAGGAGACGCAGGGAAAGAACCUGCCGAAUGGAAAUGCUUUGCUAGCGAAACCUAAUAAAGAAGAAACUAUCUCGAAUCCUCAAGCAACGACAGCUCCGACCCCAGUGGAAACAACUUCUCCGUUCCAGGCCAUCACAGAGCCAGAGCCUCUUACUAGGACUGUUGAGAAUAUCUCCUUUUUUUCCAAAACGCCCCCUCCGCGUGCGGCUUUCUCGUCUGUGCUUCUCCGCCCACAUAAACCACUCAUUAUCCCCACUUCAGAUAUCAAUAUCGACUUUGAAAGACGUGCUACAGCCGCCUAUUCCGGGUGGACAAUGGUUACUUCCGUGGCUCACGUCUGGUUUAAUGCCUUCUUCGAGGGUGGGCAUGAGCAUGACUCUGGAGUGUUCGAGGAGGAAUGGGGAAACCUCGAUGGAAUUAAAGGAACCUCAAGCAAGGGCACUAGAGCAUUCGACAGACUGAAGGUAGUAUGGAAAUACACAGCGCCUUCUCCCGGCGAAGAAGGCGCAAUUAUUCCUGGCGGUCCACCCCUUGCUGGCCAAGUUGUCUCAGAGCCAGCACCCGGGGAGGAAGUCCAUGAAGGACAUGCGGCAGACUGGCGCGGGGCGGACGUGGUUGAAGAAGAUAAUCUGGAAUCUGGGGAACAAGCUUCAUCAGAAUCUGAUGAGAACUCUGCCCCUCAAGAUACCAACAACAAAGAAAAUCAAACAGUAGAUCGAGCACGAACCAAGCAAUUACGGACCUCUAGUUUCCCUAGCGAUUCAUUACUUCUAAAACGGAGCCCACUCUCGGUAGCUGCUAGGAGACUUGGCCUUCGUCGACGGAGCUCUGCAACGGCUGGGGUUAGCUUGGUGAACGCUCCAGGAAAUUCUGCUACUAAUACAAGCGAAAUCCAGAAACCGAGAGAAAAUAUAGGUGCCGGAGCAGCGACACGAAAUAUAAGCUCAAAGAGAAACGCUACAUAG